AUGGCUGAGAUAUUUAGAAGACUUUUUAAAAUGUCUUUUCAUCCUCCUCAAGAUGAUAAUAGUUAUGAAACAUUGGUUUAUCCUGUUUAUAACAUAUUUUUCGAUUUUUUUAAUAUGAAUUCGAAUAUAAUAAACUUCAAAAGUUCAACAGGAAGUGGAAAAACGAGAUGUGCACCUUUCAUGUUUUCGAUACUUUCUUAUUAUGAAGAACUCAAGAUGCCUUUCUUCAUAAUGACACAACCAGGAAAAACAAUCAUUGAUGACAAAGUUGAAGACUUCACCAAUUUCUUUGGUGACACAGUUAUUUUAGAAACAGAUCCCAAGAAAUACUUAGAAUAUUACAAACAGCAAAACAUAACAAAACCCAUCAUUGGUUUGUUCUCUCCUCGUUCUCUUUUAGUUCUUAUUUCAAAAUCCUUCAAAAAACACAUCAAAAUAUUCGAUCGAACAAGAUUUUGUCUUGAUGAAAUCCAUGAAAGAGAUUGUCACACAGAUGCAGUUAUAUCAGAAUUAGCUGAGAAUUGCCCUAAAUAUAAGAUCAAGAAACACAUAAUGAUGAUGUCUGCAACUCCGGAUAAUCGAAUAUUUGAUGUAUUUCGAGAAGAUGGAAUUGAAAUCAAAGAAUUACAUCUUAAAGAAAAAUGUUUAUUCCCUAUCAAGGAUGUAAUUGUCAAAGUAGACAAUGUUAAUAAUAUUGCAACCACGGCGGUUAAUAAUGCAAUCCAAAUCAUUGAUAAUAUGACAACAAACACAUCAAUACAAGGUCAUAUCUUAAUAUUUUCAUCUGGAAGACAAAGAAUUCUUGAGAUUUAUGACUUAUUUUUAUCAAGUAUCAAAGAAUUUAUCAGUAAUGAAAAAAAGCGAGAAGAAGAAAAAAGGCGUGAAUUCAAUGAAAAAAGAAAAGGUAAAAAGAAAAAACAAAAAGAACAGACACCAGAGUUUUUAUUUCAGAAAGUUGGAAUUCUUUUAGACUGCGAAGAAGCAUUGAAUGAUGAACAGAAAUUUUAUCAGUACAUAAAAGAGAAUGUCACUGAUAAAAACAAGCUUUACAUUCUUCCAAUUCCAUUUCUCAGCUAUGUUUCGAACUUCCAGAAACACAUUGCAAAAAGCAAUAUUCCGAACUAUGACAAUAUAAUCAAAGUUGUCAUUGCUACAAAUGCAAUUGAAUCUUCAAUAACAAUUGAUAAUAUGGCAGCUGUUAUUGAUUGCGGCAUUUGUAAUACUCCAGAGUUCAACUCUUUGACAGGAAUUAUAAAUCUUAAAGAAUCUCAAAUCACAAAGCAAAAUCAAAUGCAAAGAAGAGGAAGAGUUGGUCGUGUCAUGCCUGGAACAGCAGUUCAAAUUACUGUUGAAGGAGAAAUUAUCCCAGAUUAUCAAGAACCAGAAAUAUUAACAAGUGACAUAUCUGCUUUCAUUUUAGAUCUUCGAAGAAUUGGUAUAAGAUUUGAAAAUCUUAAGAAAUUGCCAAAUGAAGUUCCAUUAGAAACAGUACAAUCAAAGAUCAAUAUAUUAAAGAAUAUUGGUGCUUUGGAUUUAACAACAGGAAAUCUCACAAAGAAAGGAUUGAAAUUAUCAUC